UCAUAGUCGCGCGACUCGCUUUGCUGGCAGGACGUUCGUGUCCUGCGUCUUCCGUGCAAUAAAAAUAAGAGCAAUUCAAACCAAUUUCAAUUAGUUGAAGUUUAAACGGAAAAAUCCUUCGAAAUAUUACUCUAAAAAUCGUAUUCAAAUCAAUUGAAAAUAAACCUCGUUAGCGUUAUAUACCAAAAUUUUAUUAAAUUAAAAGUGAAAAGAAGAUAUAAUAUACACUUUUGAUACAAAUACCUGUCCCUCAAUUUAAAAACAAAUUAUUAAUUCCACAAUUCCAUUUUUAAAAUUUUAAAGAAUAGAAAAUUAAUAUCAAUAAAGUAUUAAAAGCAAACAACAUAAGCACUUAAGAAACACAACAUUUUUAGCACUUCUAAACCGACAAUGUGAAUAUAUAAUAAGUUGGUGAAAAACGGAAAGUAAUGAAAAGUUAACGCAACAUGUGAGAGACCAAAGAAAAAACAGUUUACUUCAGUUCAAAUGAGCUCUACAAAAUGUUUCCUGCUCCAUGGCCCCAGCGAACGAGUUCAAAAGCCGCUGCAACGAUCAAAACCACUGUGCCCAGUGAUAAAUUGAUUAACGAAAAUGCCGUGCAAUUAAACAUUUGGCCCCAAUUGUAUGAAAAUUUAUGCAAAUCAAAGCCGAACGAUGACUGCGUGGCGAGCAACAUCAAAAGGCCACGAGCAGCAGCAACUGCCGCAGCAGCAGAAGCAGCAGCAAGAAGCAGGAAGCAGCAGCAGCAGCAACAGCAGCAGCAACAACCUGGUUGCCACACCGGCCACAUCGCGCCAUUGCAAUUUGCAUUUAAUUGUUAUGAUUAUCUUGGCCUGCUGCACACGCUGGCUCUAUGGCUUGCCGGAUGGUCGUGCCACCUGCCGUUCAGUGCCUGGAUUGACCAAGGAUCAAGUGGAGCUCUGCUACAAGGCCAGUGAUGUGACGGCGGCAGCUCUCGAAGGACUCGACAUGGCCAUACGAGAAUGUCAAAUUCAGUUUCAAUGGCAUCGGUGGAACUGUUCGUCGCUGAGCACAAAGAGCCGCAAUCCGCAUGCCUCCAGUUUGCUGAAGAAAGGCUACCGAGAGAGUGCGUUCGCCUUUGCCAUCUCGGCUGCCGGGGUGGCCCACAGUGUGGCUCGCGCCUGUAGCCAAGGUCGUUUGAUGUCCUGCGGCUGCGACCCCACCAUCAAUCGCAAGACGCUGAACAAGAACCUGCGCCAGUCUCUGGACAAGGAGAAGAAGCAGUUUCUGCAGUACUUGGAGACCAAUCAGAUUCUAACGCCCGAGGAGGAGAAGAAGUACGAGCGCUCCAAGAUCGCCAGUCGCUGGAAGUGGGGCGGCUGCUCCCACAACAUGGACUUUGGGGUCGAGUACUCCAAGCUCUUCCUCGACUGCCGCGAGAAGGCCGGCGACAUUCAGUCGAAGAUCAAUCUGCACAACAAUCACGCCGGCCGGAUAGCCGUCUCCAACAACAUGGAGUUCCGGUGCAAAUGCCAUGGAAUGUCCGGCAGCUGCCAGCUGAAGACGUGCUGGAAGUCCGCGCCCGAUUUUCACAUUGUGGGCAAGGUGCUGAAGCACCAGUUCCGCAAGGCCAUUCUGGUGGAUCAAUCGAAUCUGGGCAACGGGGAGCCCGUGGUCGUUUUGAAACGGGCGCGCAAUAAGAAAUCGAACGGUGGCAGCGGCUCCGGAUCCACGUCGCCCGAUCUGGACAGCACGGAUGCAUCUGGUGGCCACGAUGAUGGAGGGACAGGUGACUCUGAGACGCGGCGGCAUGACGAACUCGGUGUGGAGCGGGGCACGCGGCAACCGAGCGCCGAUAAGAAUGCGGCACGAAUGGCCCGAAAACUGGAGACAUCGCUGUUCUACUAUCAGCGCUCGCCCAACUUUUGUGAGCGCGAUCUGGGAGCUGAUAUACAGGGCACCGUGGGACGCAAGUGCAAUCGGAACACCACGACCAGCGACGGAUGCACCUCCCUCUGCUGUGGCCGUGGCCACAGCCAGGUCAUCCAGCGGAGGGCGGAGCGGUGUCACUGUAAAUUCCAAUGGUGCUGUAAUGUGGAGUGCGAGGAGUGCCACGUAGAGGAAUGGAUUAGCAUAUGCAAUUAAGGACAAUGGACGCAAGACGAAGGACGAUGAAGUGAUGGAGCGAUGGAGCCUCAGCCACAUGCAUAAGAAAAGACUUUUCUUCAUUCUCACAGAACUUAACACACAAAGAAAUCAGUAUUACAGAAAAAAAAACAUAAAGUACGCAAUAGGGCAAACAUCAAUAAACAACGUGUGUGAAUGCAAUGCCUAGUUUAGCAAUCUCCAGCCAUUUGGAAUACGUAUAAAUAUAUUUUGUAAAUACGAACAAUAAGAUGCAUAAUUAGUCUGUC